AUGUCGGCCAGCGGGACGAUGGAGCCGGGGCCCCCGGGGGCUGCGGCCGUGCCCUCGCCCGCCCCGGCCCCGGCGCGCGUGUUCCGGCCCUUCAGCGCCGAGGACGAGGGCCAGCAGCCCACGGAGAUCGAGUCGCUGUGCAUGAACUGCUACCGCGACGGCGUGACGCGCCUGCUGCUCACCACCAUCCCCUUCUUCAGGGAGGUGAUCGUCAGCUCCUUCUCCUGCGAGCACUGCGGCUGGAGCAACACGGAGGUCCAGUCGGCGGGCCGGAUCCAGGACCAGGGCGUGCGCUACACCCUGACGGUGCGGGCGGCGGAGGACAUGAACCGAGAAGUGGUGAAGACAGACUCCGCCACCACAAGGAUUCCAGAGUUAGAUUUUGAAAUUCCUGCCUUCAGCCAGAAGGGAGCUUUGACCACUGUGGAAGGAUUGAUCAGCCGAGCUAUCGCUGGCCUGGAGCAGGAUCAGCCCACGCGAAGGGCAAAUGAAGAAGCCGUAGCUGACAGACUGGAUGAGUUCAUUGUCAGACUGAAAGAGCUAAGGCAGGUGGCCUCUCCUUUCACUCUGAUCAUUGAUGACCCCUCAGGGAACAGCUUCGUUGAAAACCCACAUGCUCCCCAGAAAGAUGAUGCCCUGGUGAUCACACAUUAUAACCGGACUCCGCAGCAGGAGGAGAUGCUGGGGCUCCAGGCAGAGGCACCAGAAGAGAAGCCGCAAGAGGAAGAUCUCAGAAACGAAGUGCUGCAGUUCAAUACCAACUGCCCGGAAUGCAAUGCUCCGGCUCAGACCAACAUGAAGCUAGUUCAAAUCCCCCACUUUAAGGAGGUUAUCAUCAUGGCUACCAACUGCGAGUACUGCGGUCAUCGGACCAAUGAGGUGAAGGCUGGAGGAGCAGUGGAGCCCUUGGGCACCAGGAUCACUCUCCGUAUCACAGAUCCCUCAGAUAUGACCAGAGACCUUCUCAAGUCUGAGACGUGCAGCGUGGAAAUCCCAGAACUGGAAUUUGAGUUGGGAAUGGCUAUCUUUGGGGGCAAGUUCACCACCCUGGAGGGGCUGCUGAAGGACAUCCGGGACCUGGUGAUCAAGAACCCUUUCACGCUGGGUGACAGUUCCAAUCCUGGCAAGAUGGGCAAACUGCAGGAGUUCAGCCAGAAGUUGGACCAGAUCAUGGAGGGUAAAAUGAAGGCCCACUUUAUUAUGAAUGACCCAGCAGGAAACAGCUACUUGCAGAAUGUGUAUGCACCUGAAGAUGAUCCGGAGAUGAAGGUGGAACAUUAUAAGCGCACGUUUGACCAGAAUGAGGAGCUAGGGCUCAAUGACAUGAGGACGGAGGGCUAUGAGACAGGCGCGGGCCCGCGGUAG